AUGAAGAGAACAAAAGCACUGGAACGCCUUGAAAAGCUGACCAUUGACUUGCAGAAUUUCGUCCUAUCCAAGGUCGAUAUUCACACGGAGAUCAAGACGAAGACGACCAGCGUAGUCAACGCCCUGCAAAGAAUUAAAACACUGGAUGAGGAUUGGCAGGCAACACGACGACUAACGCCUCGCAUCACGCCAGAAAAAAGCAGUCAAGCUGUUAUUGAGACUGAGGAAUCAAUGGACACCGGUGCCGAUGGUGACGGCAAAUCUAUUGCUGAUGACAAGAGUGAAGGUGUUCCAAAGUCUAAUAAGAGGAAGGACCGAAACUCACCAGAUCCAACAGAAAGGCGAGUGGCAAAGAAGAAAGACCUGAAGCCAAGUCCUCUGAAAGACGCGACGAAGCAGAACGCCGAAAAAAAAGACGCAGCUGCCUGGCAAGACUUAAAUAAAUUCUACGAACUGGGCCGAAAAGACACGCCCGUUACACCUAGAGUGGCAAAUCGUGGGUGGCGAUACUCGUUGAAAAGUGGGUUCAGCUCCGACACAAAACCAACCUUUACCGCGUACUGCUCCGCUGAUCGCUUAGUUAGAAAAAUAGAGCUAAAUGGUCGACAAAUACAAAUAUUGAAAAAUACAGCUCAAAAAGCCAAUUGCGUACCAGCCUUCGUCAGUUGCAUUUUCAGGCACUUGGCGGCGUUGUCGCUUGUCUUAGUUCUCGGAGUGGGGAGCUUGGGGCCUAAGGCAGUCGAGCGGUGGAACAGUCAGUCGAUCUUCGAGCGUACAACCCGAAGGAUCUCCAAAGAAGCCAAGGGGCUAAUCAUUAUCCAGACAGAGCAAGUUGUUUUAGCGAAGACGAGGUCAGGCUUGCCAGGUGGAGCGAUUUAUCGCGAAUUGGGCGAUUUUUUCCAUGUAUAUACGCUCCUUUUUUCAAGUUUGUGCGACAAGUCGCAAAUUAGGCUCUUUUUAUUUUCUGGCGAAAUUCCCGAACGAGGAAAUUUAUUCUGGACAAGAUUAAUAACUUUUAAAAAUUCUUCUGGCGAACUUGCAUUUGAAGAAAUUUCUAGGUUCGCAUUAACUGUCUAUAAAAAUGUGUAUAAAAAUGCUCUUAGAAGAGGAUGUGAUUACCAUCAUAAUAGUAGUAGUUACCAUCAGGAUGAUAAUAAACUCUACUAUAAAAUUUUCUCCGUGUACGAGAAUUCAUCGAAAGUAUAUUACUAUACUCUUUUUCUGCCGGAAAAUGAAGAACAACGUAUUGGUCCGUUCCCAGUAGCCGAAUUUGUGAGCUCACGACAUAAAAUACCGACGAUCACAGAUUUCUUGAAUCAUGUUGUGUACGGUCUUCAAUCGCUUGACCCACAUAGAGUACCAUUAAUCGAUAAAAUCGAAACUGAUUUUAGCUUAGCACUUUUGCAAUCCUGUUGCAAAGUACUAAAUGUAUGUAAUUUAACAGUUUAUAUGAAUAAAGCUUGCAAGGACAUUGAGAAAUUAUCGAGAAUGACAGUUAUUCGCAUUUGUUCAUCUCAUAUGUUGAAUACUGGACGAAGACAUUUUAAAUCGUUGAAAAUACAAAAAGACGAACUAGAUGUUGCUAUGGAAGCAGCGUCGAAUCUUAUCCAUUGUACAACAGUUCAAGCAGCCGAACACGUUUUCGAAGUAAUGAUCAGUAUUAAUAUUGAUAAAACAUUGCUAACAAAAGAAGAAGAAGAAGCAAUUGAAAAAAUGCCUUGGUCGACUUCAAACUACCAGAAUUCAAAAAAAACAAAUGCUUCGAAAACAGAUAAUAAAGCCGUCAACGAUUCGGAGGAUCGUAGAAAUUACUUAAGACACGACAGCGAGAGUGACAAUGACGGUUUGUCGGAUACUUCAUGUUCUUCAUCCGAUGAUCAAGAUGAUGCAGAUGAAGAAACAAAGGUAACUUCAGAAAAAGCUCAACAAAAGAGAAACCAGAGCGAAAUAGUAUAUUACACUACAAGGGCAGAAAGUUUGAGAUUCCUGCACUGUGCGCCAUGA